GUACACACACGUCUGCACACUCACACACAGCUAAAUCAGGAAAAGCAAGGUUUUGGAGGUCCAGAGCUAUGCCACUGUUAAUUUCUGGGUGAAUGAAUGGGGUUGUAGUAGGAGUCAUCCUGAAUUAAAUAAAUACAAGCAGUGGUCAUGGCAAUGGAGGCGGACGAGCUGGGAAACAAUGGGGCCUUUGGCAGGAUGCUGGUCUCCUAAGUGUCCUGCCUGUACUUGGUGGUGAGGGGUUUUGAAGAAAAAUGACCCAUUGUCUCUCUCAUCCUGUUUCUGAGCCUGAGCAGUGAAACGAUGCCUCUGGAUGCCCGCCCAGGAUGACCUACCAUAAAGCAUAGAAUAAGCUCCUGCUUUAUCCGCAUGGACAGAUUCUAGUUGAAAAGCUUGUUAGAACAACAUGAGCUGGAGCUUUCUCACUCGUCUCCUGGAAGAGAUCCACAACCACUCCACCUUUGUGGGGAAAGUGUGGCUGACUGUGCUCAUCAUCUUCCGCAUUGUGCUCACAGCGGUUGGAGGCGAGUCCAUCUACUCCGACGAGCAGACCAAGUUCACCUGCAAUACCAAGCAGCCAGGUUGUGACAACGUAUGCUAUGAUGCCUUUGCCCCGCUCUCGCACGUCCGCUUCUGGGUCUUCCAGAUCAUCAUGAUCUCCACUCCUUCUAUUAUGUACAUGGGUUACGCCAUCCACAAGAUAGCCCGAAGUACAGAGUUGGAUCGCAGGAAGCAACUCAGGCUCCGCAAAAAGCCUUCUCCUCUCUCCAGAUGGAAAGAAAGCCACCAUCUGGAGGAUGUCUUAGAGGAGGAUGAAGAUGACGAUGCUGAGCCCAUGAUCUAUGAGGAUAUACUGAAGGUGCAGGAGGCCAAGCCCGUACCAGUGAGCAGCACUAGCAAAGACCCACCAAAACAUGAUGGCCGCCGAAGAAUUAUGCAAGAAGGCCUGAUGAGAAUCUAUGUUCUUCAGCUCAUGUCGCGAGCUAUUUUUGAAAUCGCUUUCCUUGCAGGACAGUAUCUCCUCUAUGGUUUUCAAGUCAGUCCUUCAUAUGUAUGUAACAGGGUCCCCUGUCCACACCGAGUGGACUGUUUCAUCUCCAGGCCCACAGAGAAAACAAUCUUCCUCCUCAUCAUGUAUGUGGUAAGCUGUCUUUGUCUAGUGCUAAAUGUGUGUGAGAUGCUUCACUUGGGAAUUGGCACUUUUCGGGACACCCUUCGCAUGAAGAGGAACGGCCGACGGACGUCCUACGGCUACCCGUUUUCUCGAAACAUCCCAGCCUCUCCUCCGGGGUACAACCUGGUGAUGAAGACAGACAAACCUAGCAGGAUCCCCAACAGCCUCAUCACCCACGAGCAGAACAUGGCCAAUGUAGCCCAGGAGCAGCAGUGCACCAGCCCAGAUGAGAACAUCCCUUCUGAUUUGGUAAGCCUACACCGGCACCUACGGGUUGCCCAAGAACAGCUCGAUAUGGCCUUUCAAACAUAUCAAACCAAAAACAACCAACAAACCUCCAGAACCAGCAGUCCUGUAUCUGGGGGUACAAUGGCGGAGCAAAAUCGCGUCAAUACAGUCCAGGAGAAACAAGGAGCAAGGCCGAAAUCAGCCACAGAGAAGGCGGCAACCAUUGUUAAAAAUGGAAAGACCUCUGUCUGGAUCUAGAGAUACAUCUAAUUUAGUAAAUUAACAGUAAAAAACUGAGGUCUCCAGGACUCCAUUGUGACACAGCUGGAGGAAGUGUGUGUGUGCGUGUGAGUGAGAGAUGCGACUUUGGACAAUAACAAUUGACAAUUUCAAUCAAUCUAGCUGAAGAAGUACGGUACAAAGUUUUCGGAAAUUUAAAAAAAAGACACAUGAGGAAAUGAUCAAAUCCAGUAUAUCAAGAAUCUUCUUUGUUACUGUAGUGCAUUAUUUUGUGCUUGCCAUAGCUUCUGGACAUGAUUAACAUGUGCUUAUUUAGUUAAACAUCUCUAAUUCCAGCUAAAAUGUCAAAGUAUAAACAUACUGUUUCGAGCUAUUUAUCUGAUCUACCCUUGACUGCCGCUGAACUGGAUUAAUCU